CAUGGGAACAAACGAUCUUAGCCGAUUACCUAUCACUUUUUUUUUUUUUUUUUUUUUUAUAUAUAUACAUAUAUAUAUAUUUUAAGACUAACUAUCACUUGAACUGCCUAUAAAAAAAACCCUCUAAUAUUUGUAUUUUGGAGUAAGUAAGCGCCAACACCAGCAAGUAUUAACUUUAGAACAGUGUGCAGUCAUCUCUCAAUCUCAAAGACUGAAAACAUGAAAAUGAUCAACUUUUUAAUGGGUGAUGGAAAAGUUGUGGAAACAACACUCAUAGAUGAAGCCAAGCUAAAAAGAAGGUGCCUCAAUUCAGAUGACUCAGAUGAACAAUAUGAAGAAGAUGAACACCAAUAUUAUGAUUCAGAUGAGGAAGAUGAAUACCCAUCGUACCAGUCAGAUGAAGCCAAGCUAAAAAGAGGCCUUGAUCGACUUUGGGCUUGUUUAAUGAGAGAGGGAAAUCAAAAAAUCGUCGGAUUUGAUCUCCAAUGGAGGAACUUGGGAGAUAUAUUAAAAUCGAAAUUGCAUUUGGUGUUGUGCACAAAUGUUACUUGUGUCAUCAUAGAUUCAAAGUAUCUAGGUUACGAAAUUCUGAAGAAUUUUCUUGCUCUCAAGGAUGUAACUUUUGUUGGAAUCCAUAUUGGUGAUGACCUUGUUAGGCUUAAGAAUCUCCAUGGAAUUGUGUUCAGAAAUGUGGUCGACAUUAGUGAGCACGCAGCUAAUAUUUUCGAGAGACCUAGGUAUAAAUCAUGCAGUUUAUCAGAAUUGGCUGAUGAAGUGAGUGGUCUGGAGCUGAAAGAGAAGCCAGCAAGUGUUGCUUAUCAUAAUCUGAGCAAGGAGUGUGCAGCAAUUGAUGCUUAUGCUUUAUUCACUAUUGGGAAGAAGUUGCUUGGAAGAGUUAUGGGUGCUUUAAAAUACUGAAUAGUGUCGUUUUCAUUUGGGCUGUGUGCUUUGUAGACUGAUCUGUCUUUAAAUAUUUUGCUUCCUUUUGAAUGAAACUACUCUCUCAUUAUUAUUAUUAUUAUUAUUAUUAUUAUUA